AUGAAAUGUGAAUGUGAAAAAUCGCAUCGGGGCUCCGCCGCCUGCCUUAACUUCGCCAACUCUGUCUCGCGCCUUCGCGUCCCCUUGUCGAAAGACGCCAAGGACCUCAGGAAGGUCGCCGCAGCCACCGCUGAGGCGUUCCGCCUGAGGGAGGGUUGUGCGGGGAAGGGCGCAGCGGAGUUCUCGGGGGUGUGCGAGGUGUCGGGAGUGGCGGGGCUGGCGGAGGCGGUUCUUAUGUCGCCGCCGCCGUUGUUGGGGUGGCGAUUCAGCUGGGAUGAGGUGGAGAGAGAUGCUUAG